GAAAGAUGCGAAUUGCCGUUUGAAAUUUCAUCGUGAAGAUAAGCCCUCACGCGCCAAGAAAUGAAAACCGAAGUAUAACAUUAGUUAUACUCAACAACCAGUUAUAACUCACUGUUAACCAGCUGUUAUAACUGGUUGUUCCUUGUGGCGACUGACGGGUGUUGCGCUAAAGGCCCGCCCAAUUCCGAUUUUGUUACGAUAACCGAUCUCUUAUCUGCUCAUAUCGUGGUGAGACCCUUGUUGGUGCAGUACCUGGCCAGGUGGUAUUGACAGUUCAAAAGCUUUUGCCAAUGGACAUUUCUCGACUAAAAUUUUGUGGCGAUUAAAGGGAAAACCAAAUGACAGUGUUCGAUGUAUGUCAUCUCUGUUCUGAUAGUUUUUAUAUGAUGUGCUGAAGUAGAAGUUGUAUUUGAUAUUGCUGUUGUGUCCAAUCGCACAUAAUACUCACAAGGCUAUUAAUAUUUAUAGUGCAUUAUUAGUCAAGUAGCUAUUCUUUCGAAAUAUAGGGCCAAGUGCCUAUUUGUGGUGUCAUACGUCAUGUAGCUUCAUUGAAAUUGUAUUUAUCCGACCGGCGAAUGAUCGUCCAUGAGAAACUGAUAUGAAUAUAAUUACUAUGUUAACUAUGGUCUAGGGACCCUAGGAGGCUUUGUGUAUUUUUAUACUAAUACUUAUCUGUAUUGCUUUGCCACCCAUGGUUUCAAUUGCCAAAAUCUUCAUUGUAAGGAAAUGUGAGUAGAUCCUUGACAUGGAGGAAAUGGAAGUUACACCAGUUCCUUUAGAUAGUGAUGUUGAUCAGGAUGAAAAUAUUAAUAGUUCAAACCCUUUAAUUGCAAAAGAAGUGAAUAAUCUUUCAAAUUCAUCGGAUGCCAUUUCUGAACAUUCAGAGAAUGAUAAACCUCACCCAUCUAUAACUGAAGAAUCUGCUGUAGAAAUAAAAACCAGUAACAUUUCAAUUGCUUGUCUGAGUGCAAAGUUGCCAGAAAUUUUGAAUAAUGUUCAUUUAGGUGAUGGCCAGCAUGUUGUUGAAAGAAAUGUUGGUCUUAAUGCAGAAAGAGGCUCAGAAAAUGAAUCUGUAAGAAAUUAUGUUGGAAACUGCGAAUCAGUUUUCCAAACUGUGGAUGAUGCAUGCUCUACAAAUAAUGUUCCUAAAUCUGCAGUAAAUCAAUAUCCCACUGAUAUUUCUGAUGAAAAGAUACAGAAUGUUGUUUGUAAUACUGAUACAAGCUCUACAGGUUGUACUACUGCAAGUGUCUUAGAAGAUACUACCAAUGCCAGAGAUUUCACAAAGCAUACACUAGCAACUAAGGAAAAGGCCUCUAAAGAGAUUUGCGAGAUGCAAACAAUUCAGUCUUUCAAGAGUGAAUCUGAAUGUGAACUUAGCAAGACUAGUACUGGCAGAAAGGAAUGUGAUAUUACUGAUAAACCUUUUCAGAUUGACAGUCUUCAAAAGCAAUCAUCAGAAAUUAAAGAACGUGUAAUGGGCUUCUUAACAAAAUAUACAAUCACAGAUGAAGCAUCUUGUAGUAAUCACCCAUCUGCUCCAUCAGUAUCGAAACAGGAAAGUCUAAUAGAAAAGCAGACUCAUAAUUUUAACGAAGAAACUAUUGGUUCCAAAAUAGACUGGAAAGCACAAUGUGACACAGUUAAUUCAAAAAAAAUAUCAAGUAAUGUUACAACGCAUGACACAGAACAAGCAAUCAUAGCAAGUCCAGCUACUCCAAAAUUUAAUUUGGCAUCAGUUUCAAAGAAUUCAGUUCUUGGAAAUUUUUUGCAAACUUCAGAUCCAAAAAGUAUGACCACCCAGCAGACAGAUGCAAUAAAUCAGCAAACAAUUUUUACUAAAUUUAUUUCACAAGUUCCCUCCCAAGGUGGUUUCAAUUUUGGUGUUUCAAGUGAUGUGUCACAUUCAUCAACUUCGAUUUCCACCAGUUGUAAAAAUGAGUGCAGUCUCAUAACUUCUAAUGAUUUAACUGAAAGUCACAAACUUGAUAAUUCCCCCAAAGUCAACACUGUUUGUUCAUUUCAAUCAACCAGUGAAAUUAAAAUGAAUAGUUUUGAACAAGCAAUGAGACAAAACUGUCAAUCUUAUAGUUUAGAAUCAGAUGUUCAGAGUAUCUCUGUGCAUGGUAUACCUGGAAAGAUUGCGAUAGGAAUGAAGCAAGAGAAUGAAUUGAACCCAGCCAUGUCUGAUGAAUUUCUGUUCCCUAGUAAUAAUGAUACUUUUGAAAACAAGAUGCAAUUUCCUCAGAGUCAAAAAACUGUGACAAGUCCUUUUAGCGUAACAAGUAUGAAUCGGGUAACAUGUACUUUUCAACGGAGUACUAAUAGAGAUUCAGUGAAUUCAUUUCUAUCAUGGGGUAAAAUGUCUGGUGAAUUACAAACUACACAUUCAAUUAAUUCUCCAAUAUUAAGCAGUAAAUCAAGUAAUUCCAGUUCUUCAAAGCACAUUCCUUUUUCAGAUAGUUCAUAUUCUCGUGAUAUUUGGCCUGAUAACACUGAAUUAGCUCCUCAGUGUGAUUCAAAAUCACGAAGAACCAGAAGUUCAGAUAGUAUGUUUUAUAAUUUUCCAAAACCGUACAGUAAUGCAGCUACUGCUUUCUCUAGUAAUGCAAAAAGCAAAUCUCAAAAGAGUGAUGAUUUGUGUUUAGUUAAGCCUGGAGAAACAGCGGAGACAGAUUCGUUUCAUUCCAGUUUUAAUAAUUGUGGAAACACUUCAAGAAUGUCUUUUAUCCCACAGAAUAACAUCAACAAUUCGCAAAGCACGUUUGGAAACUAUGUUGGAAAAUCAUCCUUCUGUGCAAGUGGGGAAACUCUGCAUUCUGAUUAUAAUUGUUUUGAAAGAUCUUUUGAAAAUAACAUCACUAAGGGAAACUUGGAAAAUCCUUUCAUUAAGAAAUCGCCUAUUGAAAGCAUUGGUCUUUUUAAAUCACCGAUAAAAUCGACAGCUUGUGAAACUGAAAAUGGAAGUUUCAAAUCCGUUUCAUCUUUGUUGUUUCCUCCCAAAACAGAGAAGACAGAAAAGUGCACUGGGAUUGAAGAAGGUUCAGGAAUAUUAAAACCAGCUACUUCAAAUGAUAAAUUUGGAUUUUCAUUGGGAAUUAAAAACAAACAUGAUCAGGCAACUAAUACUACAUCUGCAGAAUUUGUGUUUAGUGAUUUGUGUUCGAACAAAUCAUUUUCUUCUACAAAUAAAACAGUUUCAAAUUGUGAGCAAACCUCAAAUAAAGACAUUGGUGAACAGACACCCUUUGGGAAAUUUGAAAGAGUUCCAUCGCAGAUAAAUAGCAAUUCAUUAUUUCAAUUCUCAUUUACUCCUGAAAAAUCUAAAACAUUUUGUACUAGCACUGUGACAGUGCCUCGUUCAAGAAAACCUACAAGAUCUAUCAAGCAAUUUCAGAAAGUUGCCUUAAAAGAUAUGAAAGGCAACAUACCAUCAAAUGUCUCUGGAAAAGGCGCUGAAGAAAUUCCAUUUAAACCUGUGUAUGGUUCAGAUGUAAAAUUUGAAAAGGGAAUGUACAAGAAUGUUAUAGUUCGCUAUCAAAAUAUUGUUUUCAUGGAUGACCAUACGAAUGUUUCCCCUGAAGAGUUACGAUCACAAUUUUAUUCAAAAGCAGUCAUUUCUGGACCAUUUAAAUUUGGUGCCUGCAUAGAGUCACAUGAAAAUCUUAGCAAGGGUUGCAAGAAGACACAGAAUCAACAUGUUUUCUAUGUUAAACAGGAAACUCAGACAUGUGAGAAACUCGCAUCAAAAAAUCCAGACCUGAAUGCAAUAUGGCGUGUUUUGGAGUGCCCAGUUUGCCUUGAUGUCGUUUUACCUCCUGUUUAUCAAUGCGAGCAGGGUCAUCAUGCAUGUGCAACAUGUUGGACAAAAGUACUGACUUGCCCUUUAUGCAAACGUCCUCAAUCAUGCACACGCAACUAUAUGGCAGAAGCCUUGGUUGAACAGGUUCCAUUGCCAUGUAGAUACCAUAUUGAAGGGUGCAAAGAAACUGUGCAGCAUAAUAGUAAAGUUAUUCAUGAAGAAAAUUGCUCAUAUCGAAUGUAUCCGUGUCCAGUUCCAAUGUGCAACCAGGCUCUCAGUUAUCCGAAUAUGUGUAAACACUUUAAAAAGCAUCAUAAGAAUAUUUUACACCAUGAAGGACAUUCUGUUGUUGGCAAAGGAGAGAAAUUCUGUGAUGUUCUAUACAAAGAAGCAUUGUUAUCAUCUCUAGUUCAUGCUUUUGACAUAACUAAAUGGGGCUUAUUUUUUCUAAGAGAAGUUGCUGUUGGUCAUUCAACUGCAUUUUUUGUGCAGGUUAUGCCUGCAGUAUCAGAUCAAGCAGUAUAUUUCUAUCAUCUGGAAGUUUGUGAUCAUCAUGACUGCAGAAAAGAGUGUUUCAAAGGUCGCGUAUUUCCUAUGUGUAAGCCUUCUCAAGAUAUAAUUAACCAAGAAGAAUAUCUGUGUUUGUCUGAGCUGAUUUUGAAGACGGUGAAGAAGACUACUCCUUUAAAGAUAGUUGUAACAAUAUGGCAAUUAAAGCCUUCAUUUACACUUAGUUCUUAGUGAUGAGACAUUCCUUAAUUUUAUGUUGUACAGUAUUUCUUUAAUGAAUUUUCUAGAAGAUUGAGAUGUUCUUCAGACUUUAUUGUAAAUUCUAAAUAAAAUUAUGUGUUUUGAAUUUUUUCCUACCUAUUGUAGAAUGGCAUGAUUAAACAAGC